CCCCGCCCUGCUCCUGCCUUGCCUGGCACUGUCGACGGAUCCCUCCAGCGUCCCUCACUCCACUCCUCGCCCCUCCGACAACACGCGCGCGCACGGCACCCACGCGCUCGGCGCACACAUACACACACACACGCGCACCCACCCGCCUGCGGCGCGCGCGCGCACCUCCACCUCCCCCCUCCCCUGACGCCCUCCAUCCCCUCUUCUCGUCUGUAUGACCCAGUCCCCUCCCGUCCGGCCGCCGCUGAGCGGUAAACGCUCCUCGCCAGCGGUUCGCCCGCAGAUGGACCCGAUGCCCGGCUCGCCGACCGGCGCGCAGGCGGUCCGCCCGUUGCAGCCCCUGUCCCCGACCAUGUCCCCGACAUCGGCCCCGGGGCCUGCCGCCACCGCCACCGCCAGCGCCACCAACACAGCCACCUCCCCUGGGGGUGGUGCCGGCGCCGCGGCUCCGGGCCCCGGGCGCAAGUCCCCGACCCCCCGCCCGGCCCCGAUGCCCGGCACCACGGCCGGGAUCUCCUCGGCCGCAACGUCGACCGGCACCGUCCGGCCGCCUCUCAACCCGCCGUCCGGGUCCCGGUCGCCCCCUCCGGCCGCCGCCGGCGCCGCGGUCGCUCCCGGGAGCCCCCCUCCCCGGGGCAACCCCACCGCCGGGCGUGGCUCUCCCCGGCCGGUUCGCUCGCCGCCAGGCUCCCCGGCUCAGUCACCGCGCGCCGGGUCCUCCGGUCCCGCAUCUCCCCGCGCUGGCAACGGCAAUGGCAACGGCAAUGGCAAUGGCAACGCCGGCCGUGGCGGUGGUCCGCCGAAUGGUGGCCCACGCGCCGGCGGCUCCCCUCCUGCCUCCGUGGCCGGUGUCACCGGCGCCCAGCCAGGCCCGGCCGCCGACUCGGCCGCCGACACCCCCGCCGCUCCUCGGGCGCAGUUCCCCGUGUGGAUCAAUCUCCUGGAGGCUGGCAGCCCGGUGACCAUCACCCUGAAGGCCCCGGCGGCGACGCCGCUGUCCGGCAUCGUGGCCGCCCUGCACUUGGACCACGGGGUGGUCAUCCUCUCGCUGAUGGCCCAGCCGCCGUAUCACUCGGCCCCGCCGCGCCUGCUGGAGUCGCACCUGGUGUUCCUGGCCCAGGUGGAGUCGGUGGUCCCGCUGGACCUCAGCACCGUUGCCGGGCACCUGCACCACUUCGGCCCGGAGCGGAGCACCCUGCCGGCAGCCGAGCUGGCCCGCAUCAACCAUGUUGUCCCGCUGGCGGAAAUCCAGUCGGAAAUGUCCCGCUGGGCGCGCGAGGCCAAUCGCCAUGUCCGUCGCAUUGCCCCGGAGACCGUGUCCAACCUCGGCCAGAAGGUCUUUGAUCAUCUGUUCCGGACCAUGCCCUGCAAGUGGGACGGCACGUCGAUCGUUGUCAUGGAUGAUGUGGUCAUCGCCGGGCCGCUUUACCGACCGGAGGAUACGACCCUGCUCCACCCGACCGACGCCUCGGGGAAUGAAUCAUCAUCAAUAGCCCUUGGCCGUGUUCGCCAGCUCCUCUCCAAGGCACACUCCCAGAUCCAAGCCUGAGCAGGGGGGGGGCGCUCUCUCCCUGCCACCGGCGGCUGGCCGCCUGCCUUUUUUUUUUUUCGCCCCCGCCGCCACGCCCCACGCGUGCACCUGGGCCUACCUCCCUCCUCUCCUGCCCCUGUCCCCCCUCUCCCUUCCCCCGACCCAUCCCCUUGACCUUGUUCCCACCCCCAACCUCCCCGCAUCCAUCUUCGAAUAUCAACCGCUCAAACCCCACUCAGGGCUGGAAAAGGGGGACGAGAGCGCUCUCGUGUGCCACCCUCGCGCCUCCCCGGCCAUGAUGCCGGCAUGCCAGCACCAGACCUGCCAGUCCCUCUCUCCCACUGCCCUCCUCCCGGCACCGCCGCCGCCACCGCCAUCGCCACCACCACCGCUGCAUGCGCACGCCUUCCCCGCAGCCACCCCCCUCCUCUCACCCCUCACGAAAGGCCCUCCUCCCCCUCCUCCUCCUCCUCCUCCUCCUCUCUUCUCCUUCCACCGCCAGGGUGCGCUUGCCUUUCCCUGCCUCUUCCCCCUCCUCCAUGCGGGCAUCCUGCCCCCUGCCUGCGCCCAAUGGUCGAUCACACGACAACACGCUGCGCGCCGGACAGGCCCACACGCGACCAUGCAGGAGGAAGGGAGGGGGGAAACGAGCAUGCGAACGAGCAAGCGAAAGCAAGCAGACGACAAAAAUGGCUGCCUCUCCGUGCGCACACGCACAUACACGGAUGCGCAUGACACCCCGCCCAAUACAUGUACAACAUUCCA